GUUCAAGCCGAGCUCAAUGCGGUCAUCGGAAGGCACCAAUGUAGUUUGAUUCCCUAUUGCAGUUCUGUAGAAUUCAAUGAUCUUUGCACUAAAGCGCCGACUUUGGCCGACCAACAAUCCCUUACUCGUCGACGUGCCUUCAUCUCUUAGGCUUCGAGAUGGAGACCUGUUACCCCCAAUGGAAAACUACUACAUUCCAGCCGGCACUACAGUAUUCGGCAACACUUGGGCCAUCUGUUGGAAUCCAGAAGUCUUUCCCGAGCCUGACGCAUUCAAGCCUCAAUGUUGGAUUGACGACCAAGGUCGCCUGAGAGAUGACUUUAAUAAUUUUCUUUUUGGGUUUGGUCGGCGCGAACACUCAAUAGCACACAUCAGCCGCCUAAAUCUAAUGUUAAGGUAGCAGUUGGAUCGUAAUCACUGUGCUCGUGCUUAAUAGUAUCUCCGUAAGGUGUCGAGACGUUGAAUACUAAUCAAAUGAAAGUCAAUUGCACUCGACCUAGCAAUAAAAAGC